AUUGCAGUGACUUUUCAGUCUCAUAUUUUGCAUUAACGAGUUAACUUGGUAUUUCCUUUUGCUCCGCACAAUGAAUGAUCUCUUUAGUAAAACCGUGUUUGACGAAAAGUCUCUAACAUGGAGAGGAGGAGAGUGUCCUACGCUAUUUAAUCCAAGGAUAUCCGUGGGAACAGCUGCAUGGUUCAUCCUCAAUCAGAAUCCCGAUUUUGUGGCUCAGAUCAGUGACAAUAGUGGUGUAAGGAAGACAAACCGCGAGAUUCGUGAUGCUAUGUUGAGGAUUGCAGUGAAUUUGGGCAAGAUUGGAUGCUCAAAGGGGGAUGUUGUUGGUUUCCUCUCCAGCAAUAAUGAAGAUGUUGCUCCAGCUGUUCUUGCCACCCUUCUUCUUGCAGCACAAGUUAAUGCUCUUGAUCCUGCAUUUGGCAAAGAUGAGAUCGCCCACAUGUUCGGAAUAACGCGUCCUAAAUUUAUUUUCUGUGAAAGUGAUAAAAUUCCCGUCUUAAAAGAAGCGCUUCUAAGCUUGGAUCUCAAUGCUAAGAUCAUUACUUUUGGUGAGAAAGUUCAAGGAUUUCUGCAUAUUGGGGAUUUACUGAAUGAUCCUGGGAGCUACAAACAUUACGACUUUCCAGAGAUUGAUGAAAAAACAUGCGCCAUCAUAAUAUGCUCUUCCGGUACAACAGGAAUGCCAAAGGGUGUUUGUGUACCACACAGAACUCUUCUCUAUCUGGCCGCCUAUGGCAUUGUGGCUGAACCGCAGAAGCCUCUGUCAAUUCUCUGCUUCAGCUCCUUGUACUGGUAUACUGGAAUCUUAACCCUCCUCACUGGAACCAUUCAGGGAAUCACACGAAUCAUUACAAGUGAUCCCUACACUCCGGAUUUAUUCUACAACAUGAUUCUGAAGCAUCGACCCAAUCUCCUGUUCACAGGACCUGUUCAACUGACUGGGAUCUUAAACCAUCCUCUUCUAGAUGAAAGUACAAUGGAUUCUAUCAAACACUUUGUUGUUACCGGAAGUGGUAUCCCAGAACCACUCUGGAAGGAAGCUAAGAAAUUUCUGAGAAAUGGAGACAUUUACUGUGGCUAUGGGAUGUCGGAAGUUGGAUGGAUUUCCCGUGAACCAAAAAAAGCUUUGCGCCAAUCCGUGGGUUUUCUUGUUGCGGGUGUUCAGAUGAAGAUCGUGGAUGAGGUUUCCAAUAAACUCGGAAUAGGACAACAGGGAGAGAUUUGUAUGAAGUUCAAGGAUUCGAUUUUGGGAUACUACAACAACCCGGAAGCUACAGCAAAUAUGCUGGAUGAAGAUGGUUGGAUCCACAGCGGGGAUCUUGGCUAUUUUGAUGAGGACAAUCUUCUGCACGUGGUUGGGCGCAAAAAGGACAUUUUAAAAUACAAUAACUUUCACGUUCCCCCCAUUGAGCUGGAAAAUAUCAUCCUUACGCAUCCUGAUGUGUUACAAGCAGUUGUUGUGGGAGUUCCUCAUCCAAUUUCAAGAGAUCUCCCCGCGGCAGUUGUUGUGCGCAAGAAAGGAUCUUUAGUUACGGAAAAGGACAUCAAAAGCAUGAUUGAGAAAAGUUUAAGUGAUCCUAAACACCUCCGUGGGGGAGUCUAUUUUGUGGAUAGUCUCCCAUUGACUCCUUCGGGAAAGAUUAAAAGGAUAAUUGUUAAGGAUAUCGCAACAAAAUUAUAUAAUGAAAGGAUUUUGUAAAAUUUAGUUUUGAAUGUUAACUGGUGUCUUGUUGAAUUUUUAGUAUUUUAACAGUCUUAACUAACUUGUAUUAAGUAAAAAUUUUAUCUCACUCAAACCUAGAUGUCCUGAAUUAAGCUCUCUAUAAAUAAAUUAUGUAUUAAGCAAUGAAAA